AUUUAUUUUAUAUUUUCCAAGUGAUUCCAUAAAAAAUUUUACAAAAUGGAUGAAAUCAAACAUAAAGUGCUUGGAUUUUUAAAUAAACAGCAAAUGUCAAAUACGAAAAUACCAUCAAUGGGUUUUCACGAUGAAGUAUAUUUUCAUGAAAAUACAACCAAUACGACUGUCAAGAAACGAGCAAGUCAAAUUGAUGAAAUUUUAAGUAUAAAUAGUAAAACUGUCAAUGAUGAGUUGCGUCCCGAUGAUCAACUCAUUUUGGAUUCUAUCCAGCAAAUUUAUUUUAAUCAGGAUUCAUCAUUUGAUGCAUCCAAAUUUAUUUUACAGAAAUUACCAUCAACAACAUUAGAUUGUACAAAAUUAGAAGAUGAAUUUAAAAAUUUAAAAGUUCAACAGCAAUGUGUAUCGAAAAAAGUAUUAAAUAUGAUUCUACAGCAGCAAACUUCAUGUCAAGAACAGUUUCGUGAUGUAAUUGCAUUACAGAGUAAAUUACAGGAGGCUGUUGUUACAUGUCGACAAUCACGAACACAUUUGAAUGCGGCCAAAGAUCAAUUCGCUUCGAGUUUAGGUGUCCUGGCUAACUAUCGUAAACGGCAGAUACUCAAAGGAUUGAUGCAUUACUUAAUUACGAUUAAAACAUUGUAUGAAACUGAAGAACAUCUACAGGAAUUGCUACGCGAAGGAAAUUAUUUAACAGCAAUUUUGUUAUUGAAGGAACGCCUCACAGUUGCGUCAUUGUAUCGACAUUUUUCAUGUAUUGCUGAAUUAACGAAAAAAUUUCAUGAUACACUUGAAGUUAGCGAAAAUCAAUUGGAUAGUGCUUUGGAAAAUAUUUGUUAUAAUUUUGAUGAAGAUGUUUACGCAAAAUUGCAAAGUGCAUACAAAAAAUUGGAAAAUGGUCGUGUGGCUAUCGAUCAAUUAAAUAUGCAUUUUACAACAGCGGUACACAACAGUGCAUUUAAAGUGAUCCAUAAGUAUGCUUUAUUAAACGAGAAAACAUUACAGGAUUUGACAAACGAGAAAAAACAGUAUAAGCAAUUAUGUCAAUAUGUAUCAACCGGCGAUUUUUUAGCGUGUUUAAUAGAUUUAUGCAAAAGUUUUUGGGUGAUAAUAACCAGCUAUUAUCGAAUAUCACAGUAUCAUUUAAAUCCAAAACCAGACCAUCAGAGUUUGUCAAUGUCACCGACAUUCAAUUUCCAAGACACACAAACAUCGUCACGUCAAUCGUCAACAGAGAAUUCAAUAAAUUCACCACGCUCACCAACCACACCCGAUUUUGAGGACACACUCAAUCAAAAUUACAUUAAACAAAAAUUGGAAAAUGGUGUUGUGAAAUUAUGGAACGAUAUACAAUCAAAAGUUGCCACAUUUUUAAUAAAUGCCAAUUUAGAAGUUUUUCAAUUUGAGAAUUUUGUACAAAUUUUAAGCAUUUUACAUAGAUUAAUAAAAAUUGGUGAAGAAUUUUGUGAUAGUAAAUCAGAAGAAUUACAGGAAGCAAUCCGUCGUAAAAGUGUUAGCUACUUACAAAAUUACCAUUCAUCACGUUUAGAAGAAUUACGUAUAUUUUUUGAGAAUGAAAUGUGGGAAAUAUGUCCUGUCAAAGCAAAUUUUGAAAUAUCACAAUUACAGGAAUUUAAAUCAUUACGUCAUACACUCAAACAUUUUAAGGAUAAAAAAACAUCUACAAGUACUGUUGUUUCGACGUCGACUUCGACGAGUACAUCGAAAAAUGAUUUGGCAUCGAAUCAUUCGCAGGAAGGGAGCACCACAUCCGAUAAAUACUUUAUACGUUUCGAUGUUAAUUAUACACCGUUCGAUAUUAAAUUCGAUGAUACCUUGACGGAUGAGAAUAUUUUAUCGGAUACUAUUCAUGAUGAUGAUCCAAAUGCCUUACACAACACAGAAACGGAUACAGACUCAGAAAAUGAAGAAGUUACCAGAGAAUUUAUUGACGAAACUCAAAUGAUAAAUGAAACGUCCACAAAUCAAAAUAAUCAUUCAAUUCGAAAACAUCGUCAUGGUCAUGAAAAAUCAAGCGGUCGUCAUAUUUUAUUAACAAAUACAACGUUAAGUGUCCUAAGGCAAAUUGGAAAAUAUUUACAAAUGUCGAAAUUAUUACAGCCAAUUAGUUUGGAUAUUUUUUAUUGUUUGACUCAAUUGUUUGAGUAUUAUUUGUAUUCGGUGAAUUCAUGCUUUACUUCAGAUCUUUCCGUUGGUGGUGGAAGCUUGUACUCAAUAAAAUUGAAUGCUGUUCUGAAACGAAUAUCUGAACAAUUGAUCAAAUCAAAUACAGAAAGUUAUUCGGAUUCCAAUUUAAAUGAUUUAGAUACCUCAAAUUUAUCAACAUCAUCAGUCAGUCAUUUAAAAGAAACGAAAAAUAAUCCGAAAGAUUUACAAUCGUUAAAUGUACAAUGUCCGUAUUUAAAUACGUGCGUUAAAAUUAAUUCACCAGAAAAUUUAUACGGUUUAACUGUACGAAUUGUUGCUGUUGAAAGUUUAAUUUUUUUAGCGAAACAAUUUGAACAUUUAGAAAACUAUUUAGAAUAUUUAGUACCACCAGAACAUUCUCAUACAAUUAGUCAUUUUUAUAAUCAGACAAUAUCAGUAGCAAAAGAUUUACGAAAACCGAUUUAUAUGGCGGUUGCGUCACAAUCAUUUGAUUUACGACAAACAUUACUAUCAAUGUCGAAAGUGAAUUGGGAAGUGAAAGAUGUUAUGUCCGAGCACAAUAAAUAUAUUGAUGUACUACUUCGAGAAGUACAAAUAUUUGCAAUGCGCUUAGAAGAUAUUGAGGAAAAAUUACAAAUGCCUUCGGAUGUUUAUUAUUGUGUUUGGGAGAGUGUCGCACAUGUUAUUACGCAUACACUAGUCGAAGGUUUUAGCAACGCCAAGAAAUGUUCGAAUGGUGGACGUGGUCUAAUGCAAUUAGAUUUUACUCAAUUUAUGUCCACUUUCGAAAAAACAACAAAAAUACGUUCGAUGCCACAUCGAGAUUACGUCGAAUGGUAUAUUAAAGCAUACUAUCUACCAGAAAAUUCUAUUGAACAAUUUAUUAGGGAACAUACGGAAUAUUCAGCAAAACAUAUGUACGGUUUAAUCGCAUGUAUCAACCAUAUAAGUAAGAAAACUCGCCAAAAAUUAUGUGGAAUUAUUGAAGAUAUUGAAAGGAGUAGAUAGCCAAUUGAUUUAAUGCGAGAUUAACUAGUUCAAACAUCAUUCCAGAACGUACUGACAUACUGACACACUGACACAACAAAUUUAUAGUCUCUUCUUAUUUUUUAAUUUUAUUUCCUAACCAAAAAUUUUAGUUCUGGUUCAUUUUAUAAGAAAACCGUUAUCAGAGGACGAAACUCGUUCAACUUUUAACGAUCUCGCUUCUGCAUUCUAGAAAUUGUUGACCCUUUUCAAUUUUAGAACUUCUAGACACCAAACAAGUCUUAGAAGUUCCCAAAACUAAACUUUUCUCGAAUAUAAUUUUACACCGGGUGUAUAAGUAAAAUUUUAUUUUAAAUUAUUCAAUGUUAAACUUAUGAAUGGCGCAUGCGCAUGCUCUAUGUGAUUUUGUACAAAAAUUUGUCCUAAUGUAGUACAAAUUAUUUGUUUUAAUAUUAUUGUUGUCUUUGAGAGGAUUUUAGUGUGAUAUUGGCUUUAGAAAAAUACUUAAUGGAGGGUAAAAUUUUAUUUAAGAUGGGAUUGUAUCUUUCUCAGAGGAGAACCAUUUUCGUAUCUUGCAGGGUCUCCUACUUGAAUGUAAUCUAUUAUCUGAUUUCUUUAAAUUCAGGUUAAGUUGAAGGUAAUUUUAAAUCGUAGAAUCUUGAAACUAGUGGUUAAUAUCUGUCGUCACUCAAUUUCGUAUUUCUAAAACCUAGAUAGGAUCUGUGCCCUCUAAUUGUAACCUGGCUUCUGAAAUGAUCGUUUUCUCUGAAAAAUAGACCUUCGUACGAUGAUCCUUCGCACCUUUUAGGAGCAACAAUCUACUUAGACUAUAUGUUAGGGGCUCGCUUUUCCCACCUUCAUCCAUAAAAGGCCAAAUUGACGAAAUAGAUUUAGAGAGCUCGAUUGGCCAAUUGUCAAACAGUAAGAUGUUUCUUAGCUAUCGAAAUUUUACCAUGUGUGACUUAUUUUUUUUCAAUUUUUUUCGGAUUAUCGGCUAGAACCAGGACCGAAUUAAUUAUAAUUAAUCUGAAUACCCUGAAUCUCGUUUAAAAAAAUUAAUUAUUAAAUUUGUAUGUGGAAUGAAUGUGAAUCUAUUUAUUGGAAUUGUGUAGUUUAAUAUAUAUUAUUUAAUGAAAUUCAGGCGCGGAUCCAGCUGAAGAAUUAUGCUAGAUUCGCGACUGAUCACGUUCGACUGUCGGGAAGGGUUUGUAAUAAUUAACGAUCAUUUUGUACAAAUUUAUAUUUCACAAAUAUAAAAACAAAACUAAAAACCAAAUAAAAAUUUUUUUAUGUUUUCAAUAAUUACGAAUCCAAUUUUUGUUGUUGGUGCUAACUCAGUUUACAAUAUUCGAAUAUUCGAUUAUAGUUUUUUUUUUUUCGAAACUAGUGACUCUUAUAGUGAAGUUAUUCUCAUUUUUUCCUAACGAAAUGGUACGGGGUCCUGGGUAUGAUUUUAAUAGUAAUAAUUGAUAAGGAUGGGAUAUGUCUAAAUCGUCCUCACCUCGAGGGGAACUCAAAUAGGUCCCAAGCACCUAGACCAAAGGGUCCUUAGUGCUCUCCUUGAGAGCAAUCUAUCACUCGAAGGCGAGGCAUUCUUGGGUAAGAGAUUUUUAUCAAAUGAAGCCAUAGGAUUCU